CAGGCGCAGGAGCAGCCCCGACGGCCCCGGCCCCGGCCGCAGCAGCGGCAGCAGCUGGGGGAGGAGGAAGAGAAGGAGAAGGAGGCAAGGAAGAUGGCGGCGGUGGAGCUGGAGUGGAUCCCAGAGACGCUCUACAACACCGCCAUCUCUGCAGUAGUGGACAACUACAGCCGCUCCCGCCGCGACAUCCGCUCCUUGCCCGAGAACAUCCAAUUCGAUGUUUACUACAAGCUUUACCAACAAGGCCGUUUAUGUCAACUGGGUAGCGAAUUUUGUGAAUUAGAAGUUUUUGCUAAAGUGUUGAGAGCUUUAGACAAAAGACAUUUGCUUCAUCACUGUUUCCAGGCUUUGAUGGAUCAUGGUGUGAAAGUUGCUUCAGUCCUGGCCUAUUCAUUCAGUAGACGGUGCUCUUAUAUAGCAGAAUCAGAUGCUACAGUCAAAGAAAAAGCAAUCCAGAUUGGCUUUGUUUUAGGUGGCUUUCUUUCAGAUGCAGGUUGGUACAGUGAUGCAGAGAAAGUUUUCCUGUCCUGCCUUCAGUUGUGUACUCUACAUGAUGAGAUGCUUCAUUGGUUUCGUGCGGUAGAAUGUUGUGUGAGGCUGCUACAUGUUCGAAAUGGAAACUGUAAAUAUCAUUUGGGUGAAGAAACAUUCAAGUUAGCUCAAUCUUACAUGGACAAGCUUGCAAAACACGGCCAGCAGGCAAACAAAGCUGCUCUCUAUGGAGAAUUAUGUGCUUUACUCUUUGCAAAAAGUCAUUAUGAUGAGGCUUAUAAAUGGUGCGUAGAAGCUAUGAAGGAAAUCACAGUUGGAUUGCCAGUCAAAGUAGUGGUGGAUGUUUUACGACAAGCUUCAAAGGCUUGUGUAGUAAAACGUGAAUUUAAGAAGGCAGAACAGUUAAUAAAACAUGCAGUGUACUUAGCACGGGAACAUUUUGGAGCCAAACACCCAAAAUACUCAGAUACACUGCUAGAUUAUGGAUUUUACUUACUCAAUGUAGAUAAUAUCUGCCAGUCUGUUGCAAUUUAUCAGACAGCUCUUGAUAUUCGACAGUCAGUAUUUGGAGGAAAAAAUAUCCACGUAGCCACAGCGCAUGAAGACCUGGCUUAUUCAUCUUAUGUUCACCAGUAUAGUUCUGGAAAAUUUGACAAUGCACUAUUCCAUGCAGAACGAGCCAUUGGAAUCAUCAAUCAUAUCCUUCCAGAAGACCAUCUUCUAUUGGCUUCCUCAAAGAGAGUGAAAGCACUUAUUUUGGAGGAGAUUGCAAUUGAUUGUCAUAAUAAGGAAACUGAGCAGAGGCUGCUUCAGGAAGCUCACGAUUUGCAUCUGUCUUCUCUUCAACUAGCUAAAAAGGCUUUUGGGGAGUUUAAUGUUCAGACUGCAAAACACUAUGGCAACCUUGGAAGACUUUAUCAGUCUAUGAGAAAAUUUAAGGAAGCAGAAGAAAUGCACAUCAAAGCAAUUCAGAUUAAAGAACAACUUCUUGGUCAAGAAGAUUAUGAAGUAGCCCUUUCAGUGGGACAUCUGGCUUCUUUGUAUAACUAUGACAUGAAUCAAUAUGAAAAUGCAGAGAAACUUUACUUGAGAUCAAUAGCAAUUGGGAAGAAACUUUUUGGUGAAGGCUACAGUGGACUAGAGUAUGAUUAUCGAGGUCUCAUUAAACUUUAUAAUUCAAUUGGCAAUUAUGAGAAAGUAUUCGAAUACCACAAUAUUCUUGCCAAUUGGAACCGCUUGCGGGAUCGUCAGUUUUCAGUGACAGAUGCUCUGGAAGAUGUAAACACCAGCCCACAGUCCACUGAAGAAGUGGUUCAAUCUUUCCUGAUGUCUCAAAAUAUUGAAGGACAGAGCUGCUGAGGGUGAACCUCAAUUAACCAAUUUACCUUUUCCCAGAUUCCAGGGGAAUUCAUACUGUGAAAUCAAAACCGUGUAGUUUUCUGGGGCUGGAAUUUGCGUUGAAACACUGGUCCAGUCCAUUGAAGACCCUGUUUGGGUAACCCCAGUCUCACAGAGUGCCCAUAGGAAUAAGCGCAUAUUCAAUUUCUUAUCAGCAUGUACAGCAUGUGUAGUAGUCUGGCUCACAUUUUCAACCUAGUAGAACAAACACCAGAAGAUCCUAUUUUUUUCUUUUUCAAAGGAAGUCAUUUUGCAGACAGCCUGCAAGAAAAACCCUAAAUAAAACUAUUUAAGAGUUUAAAAGAGUUGCAUUCUUAUUAUGAAAGGAUGAUUUUAACAACUGUUUUUAACAAAUAAUUCUUCCAUGUGGAGGUAUUCAAUACUGUAUUGUAAAAAGAUUUUAUGGAAAACAGUCUUUAUAUGCAAUAUAGAAAAGUUAAUCACAAGUACUAAUGAAAGAAGGAUGUCCUGACUUAGGUUUGACUGCCUUACCAAGGAAAGUAGAGAAGAACCAUUCCAGAAACAUGUUGUGAACCACACUAUGUUGCAGGGGAAGGACUGUUAAAUCAUCUGAACUGGACCAGUGUUGAGCUGUAAGUAAUAGAAGAUCUGAUAGACCAGCAAUCUUAGGGGUUUUGAUUUUUGUUGUUGUUUUUUGGGGGGUUCUUUUUUCUUUUUCUUUUUUGGUACAGCAAAAACAAGAAACUUUAAUAGUAUUUCAUGACAGGACCAGGAGGAUCUAAAGAGGACCAGUCUUUAUAGCCUAAGGUUAUUUGGACCAGUGGCUUUAAUUUUUCUGCCCCUGCAUAUACACUUUACCAAUAGGGUGAUUUCGUUCAGCUGUAUGAUGAUCAAUGAUAUCCAAAAAUUAUAUUCAUGUAAUAGAUUUUUUAAAAAAAUACUAGGAAUGAAGUUAGCAGUGGCAUGUCUUUAGUAAAGGUACACAAAUUUUAAUGUCAUAAGUAACUGUAGAGAUGCCUAAAUAUCUACUGCAGCCACCCCUUCCCCUACUACUCACUUUAAAUAAGUUUACUGGUAAUUGAGGCAGUAAUAUGUAUCUGGCAAAUAAUUUUGUGGAAGAAUCCACUUCUGUAUAUGGGGAGUGCAUAUCACUGUACAUUUUGUAGCAGAAGGGGUCAUUAAGAAGAGGGAGGAAUAGAGGGAGGAAUGCCCCCAAAGCACAAUAGGUCUUUCAGUGAUACUUCAUUUCUGUAGUGAAUAAUCAUACCACCAGAAACAUUUUUGCUAGGAAAGAAUCAGUCAUUUAUAAAGCUCUCCAACACUAUAUGCCUAUUUCACUAGUUUGUCUUAAUUUUUGUUUGUUGAGUUUUAAGGUGAAUUUGUUUUUUAAUUAAACCAGUCAGGUUAUUUAAUAUUGAGGUAAUAUACAAAUUUGAGAACGUUUAUGUCAUGUAGCAGUUUAGAAACAAAAAAGUCUUUUGCUGUUACCUCAAUUCUUAUUAUAGUGGCACAAAUUGUGCUUCUAUAGUUAAGGGUCUGAGUUUUCCCCCCUAUUUUCAGGGGUUUUCAUGAUUUGGUUGUUGAGAUUUUACUCCUAGCUCAAGCUUGGAGUGAUGCUUGUAUGAGUGGUUGUGUUUUUGUUUUAGCAUUAGGGGUGGGGUGGAAAUCUACUUAAGGAUCUCCCAAGUUAAGUGCAAAAAAAAUUCAGCUAAUGAUUUCAGACACUUUAAAUUACUCAGCAUAGUUUUGUUUUAGGUUACUAUUUUGCAGUUUAUUAGUUUUGCAGGGAACUGGGGGCAGGGAAGAGGAAUGCAGGAAAGAUUCCUAAUAAGAAUGAUACUAGCAUUUAAUAUAGAAAUUUGGUUUUACUAAUUGCAAAGAUGUCUUAAUUUUUUAAAUUAUGGAUUGAUUGUAUUGGCAUAUCAGCAAAACAAUGUGGAACUGGUUCUAGUCAUGCAAUCUAAUGUCAAAAGCCAGCUUUUUAUAAAACCUGCUAGUUGUCUGUGUACCCAAGGGCUAUAGUCUAUUCAAGUUGUUCAGCUCUAUCCUAAUGAAUAAUAGUAGUUUUUUAAAUUCUCCCAAAGAUAACUUAUAGGAUAGACUAACACUUGUUUUGAUCUAUGAAGAGUCGUUUCUUGUGUUUGCAACAUAGGAAUGACUAGUGUAAAUUGUUUUUCAACAUGGUAUUCCCAUGCUUCAAUAUGAAGUUGUAAAAUUAACCAAUUUUUUUUUUAGUGGAAGGAAUGGUUGGAGGGAGGGUUACACACAUACAUGUACACACACACAUACACACUCCAAGAAUUUAGUCAAGCAAAAGGCAGUUUCCUCAAAAUUCAUUGUCAGUUUCUGAAUUUAACUUGGUCUGUGAUAAAACACUGACCUACCAAAAAUCUUAGCUCAGAGGGUGACAUUUCAGGUGGUAGCACCCAAAUGCCACUUCAUUCAGAAUGAUGUCAGUAUUUCCUGGGAUUUUUGCUUUUUUCCUCAAAGGAUAUAAAACUGAGCCCUUAACAUCACUUUGAUGUAGGUUUACAUGAACUCAUUAACCUUCAUGAUUUAAUGCAAACUUUCCCAUUUUCAGAGAAAGAGAAAAGGUGAAAAGAAAGAGGGACUUGUCAGAUUAUUUUAGUGAUUUCUGGUGUUAAUGAGGAACAAUUCCCUGAUAAGCGUAAGGUUUCUCCUUUAAUAGGGAAGCAUUGUAUGAUUGAAAGAGAUGAAUGUGACCUUAAUUUAAAGAGUGAAAGCCUCAAUGAAAUGAAUUAAACUAUUAAAGAGUGAAAGCCUCAAUGAAAUGAAUUAAACUAUCUGUUAUGCUUACUCAGUGCUUGGAAAACAUCUCACUUCUGUGAAUUCUUUAACAGUUAUUUUGUGUUCAAAAGCUUUAGGGUUUUGGGGGAUGUUCCUAUUCAUGAGUGGACCUGGUUCUUACCCAUCCCCUAAUUUUAUUCUUUCUCUUCCCCAGUCAUCCAUUUGAGGUUUUAGCACUGCUGAAGCAGAGCGUGUCUAUAAGCACUCAGUUAACACUAGCCCACCUCAUGCAGCCCUGCAUUAAGAUUAAAGGUUCACAUAUGUUUUCUUAGGCUGUAGGCUGUUAUGGUUCCCCCAAGCCGGCUCUGCUUAGAGCAUCUUUACCACCUAUUACCAACAAAUCUCUGCCGCAGCUUUGUAGAAGGACACUCACUCCUGUUUGUUAUCUAGAUACCUGUUGUUUAAACUUAUUGCACACAAGGUGGAUUUUUACUUGGGGUCGGGAUUUACAAAGUUUUUGUUGGGCCUAACUUGUUAGGAAAAGUGGGUCAUGGCUUAGGAUGUCCUAAAAAUGAUUCCCCCAACUGCUGAAUUGUGCUGCUUCUGUAGUACGGGACAGUGCAUAUUCUACUUUCUGUUAUCCCAUGUGCUGGCAAAGUACUGGGCAGAAAACACAGGCCUAAGAUAACCAAGCUGCCAGCAUAAACUUUAUAUGAAACAAGGAUUCAGUGAGUAGCAAAGUGUAUGAACUGCUCUUUGGUUUGCAAACUCCUAUUAUUUUGUUGCCUGUGCUGCCUACAAACUACUAUUCAUGGCAAAACUCUUUGCCAGAAAAAUGCUUACUUAAAUCCAGAUUUACUUUUGAGGUUCUAUUUUCUUGUCACAGAAAUGAAUGCACAUUUAAACUUUUGGCUUUGGAGAAUCUCAAUUCUUGCCAAGAAAAUAAAUGUUUGAAAAAACCCUGAAAUCUAGAUUAAUCACCACACUGAAGAGCACUAGGUAUGCUUUUGUCCCCAAAUCUCAGGAAAGUUUUAAGCAGUGAAACCAGUUUUUCCCUGUUGGUGAUUUUCAAAGGAGUGUGCUUUAGGAUUUUGUUUUUAAUAAGACUGUACUUUAAUUGCAAUCUUAGGUAUCUAUAGCAUGAGUGGCCUUAGUGAGUUUGUUGAAGUGCACAUUUUAUUCAAAGGUAAAUUUUAAGAUAAAAAAUAUAUGUAUAUAUAUAUACACUAUAUAUGCUAUAUAUAUAUAUAUAUAUAUAUAUAGUGUGUAUAUAUAUGUAUAUAUAUACUAUAUAUAUAGAUAUCUAGAAAACUUGGUUUGUGGUGCACAAGUUAAGUGUUGGAUCACUAAAUAACUGUUGCAGGUACCAUUUGUGUAACAUUUUUCAUUUAUGUACAUUUCUCUUAUGGGAAGCUAUGUUGCCAUGGUAACUAAAACUUUACAAUUUAGUUCUACUCUUACGGUGUGAAAGAAUGCUACAUUUAUUAAAUAUUACCAGGUUCAGUACUAUUUUUAUACUUUAUUGCUACAGGGGAUUUUAAUUUAAUGGGAUUCUUAAAAAAAUAAAAGUAGUUGCUUGACUAUUAAAAGCAACUUACUAAAAAUACCUUAUGUGAGAAUCCCCACUAAUAGUGCCACAGUAAUUUAUAUAGACAUACCUAGGUCAUUACUAGAUUUUUGAAGACAAUUCUUUGUUGUGUCAAGAAUAACCUUUCGUAUCAUACUUCGCACAGACUUGUAGUGCCCAACAUUAUUUGUAACCAUCAAACCAUAUUGAGUAUGUUUGUAACCAGCAUUGUGAUAUUCUGUAAUUGUAUUGCUAAAAAUGAAUUAUUGAUCUAAUAAAUAGAGUGUUCCUGCAUUUAUA